AUGUCCUGUUUUUAUUUUGUGAAGAGUUUAACAUCUGCCUGUCUAAAUAUGUACAGUAUAUCACGGCUCCAUCACACAACAUCGGCCGUGUUCUGUUACAGUAAACCUCAGAGCGGUGAGAAAUACACCGAUCCCUUUCAGCUUGGUAGGAGAUAUUUGAAAGGUCUGUAUGAGGACAUUAGGAAGGAACUGCUCAUAUCUCCAAUAGAACUUAAGGAGAUGUCUGAGUACUACUUCGAUGGAAAAGGAAAAGCCUUUCGACCAGUUAUCGUGGUGCUAAUGGCCCGAGCGUGUAAUAGCCAUUAUAACAACUCCCGAGAUGUGCAAGCCAGCCAGCGCUCCAUAGCCUUAAUUGCAGAGAUGAUCCACACUGCUAGUCUCGUUCACGACGAUGUCAUUGAUGAUGCCAGUUCUCGGAGAGGAAAGCACACAGUUAAUAAGAUCUGGGGUGAAAAGAAGGCUGUUCUUGCUGGAGAUUUAAUUCUUUCUGCAGCAUCUAUAGCUCUGGCACGAAUUGGAAAUACAACUGUUAUAUCUAUUUUAACCCAAGUUAUUGAAGAUCUGGUGCGUGGUGAAUUUCUUCAGCUAGGGUCAAAAGAGAAUGAGAAUGAAAGAUUUGCACACUACCUUGAAAAGACCUUCAAGAAGACUGCAAGUCUGAUAGCCAACAGUUGUAAAGCAGUCUCUGUCCUAGGAUGCCCUGACCCAGUGGUGCAUGAGAUUGCCUAUCAAUAUGGAAAAAAUGUGGGAAUAGCCUUUCAGCUAAUAGAUGAUGUACUGGACUUCACCUCAUGUUCUGAGCAGAUGGGCAAGCCAACAUCAGCUGAUCUGAAGCUCGGGUUAGCCACUGGCCCUGUCUUAUUUGCUUGUCAGCAGGGCUGGACUUUGGGUGUGCCUCAGAACCCCUUACAAAGGCACAGGAAGGGCCUCCAAGCUUAAGAAAUUCUGAGAAAUUCUCCAGUUCCAGAAGUUUAAUGGGACUGUUUGCUGCUCUCAGAGAGCCUCGGGCACUGCCUCAAAAUGUCAAGAAGUCAGUGGAAUGCACUGCUAGAACCACAUAGUUCCUUCUUCCUCCAGAUUGAGGGGCUGUCAAUUAAGGAAGUAAGUAAAGCUGCCUUCAUAUUCUUAAUAUAGAUGAAGAGCUUAGGAGGCUUUAAAGAUACCGCAGUGACUUGUAGGGCAGACAGUCCCAGAGCCUGCUCUGGAUGUUUUGGCUGUGCCAAAUGUCAUUUGGAAGAAGUGGGACAUUGGCUUGUAUUUGGACAUCCUUUUAAUAGAUUUCAUCUUAGUAGUAUUUAAUACAUUAUUUUGCAAAGCACUAAGAUGUUCACCACUAUGCCAUGAAAUUAAAAAUUAGCUCUUUGGUCUGAAAUUUUAGUAACUUUUAGUCUUUUAGAGAUUUUGCCUCUAUACUUCCCAAAAUUUACAAAGAUAAAUCAUGCCUUCCAUAGAACUCAGUGGUUCUAUUUGAAUAUUAUAGAAACCAGAGACUUUGCUUUUGAUCUGCUUCUGACCAAAAAAAGGAAAAAUUAUCUUUUCCCCACAAUCUAGUAGAGCCAAAACAGGACACUUCUUAGAAGAGGUUGAUGGCUUGGGGGGCUGGGCCAGGUUACCUUGGGUAACACACUAGUGGACAACAGGCAGUUGAGGAAUGAGGGCUGUGCAAUGUGGGAGCACUUUGUGGAAGCAUCUGUCCUCAGUACUGGGCUCCAUCCUCUCAGAAUUUUGAGGCAGAGAUGAGAAGUGAAAGGUGUGCUAUAAAAGGGUCUUUUCUCCUAUUGAGACUAACUCACCAGCCCAAAACUCAAGAAUGUUAAUACGCCCUAACCAGUUUGGCUCAGUG